CCAAGGCCUGCCGAUACAACAGGAAGAGAGUCUCCUUCCUCGAACAGCCAAUCAUCUUUCAGGAUGGGUUAAUUCGGCCAAUCGUGAGAAAGCUCCCUUUUCGGAUGAGAAAUGCUUGCUUAAGGAGCGGAAGUAAGAAGGGUGGAUGUUGAUAAGCCAUGUCGCAACAAAGGGUCCUACCCCAGAGCAAAGAGACUCUUCUCCAGUCCUAUAACAAGAGAUUGAAAGAUGAUGUCAAAUCCAUCAUGGACAACUUUACGGAAAUCAUUAAAUCUGCAAAGAUUGAAGAAGAAACACAAGUGUCGCGUGCAACGCAAGGCGAACAGGACAACUACGAGAUGCACGUCAGAGCAGCAAAUAUUGUCCGAGCUGGUGAGUCCCUCAUGAAGCUGGUGUCGGAUCUGAAGCAAUUCUUAAUCCUUAAUGAUUUUCCCUCAGUCAACGAAGCCAUCAACCAACGCAAUCAACAACUGCGGGCUCUCCAAGAGGAAUGCGACAAGAAACUGAUUGCGCUGCGGGAUGAAAUCUCCGUUGACCUCUACGAACUGGAAGAGGAAUAUUACUCUUCCAGCUACGGCGUCUGCGAUGCCGCCAAUCUCUCUCUUUCCGAAGCCUACUGGGGACAGGAACCCACGGGGUCAACUCUGGAAAAUCUCGUCACCGCCUCCGUGGCUGCCGCCACCGCCGGCACGAUGGAGCAGAAUCUUCCCAGCGCACAGGGCUCGGUCCCUUUGCAUCCGCACAUCAACGGGCACGGAGUGGGUGCUCCCGAGCACCCCUAAAAGGGAUCCCCUGCUUGCAUGCAGGCGGCACUGGAACAAUAAACUUGAGCAACAGAAACUUUGAUCGUAAGAUGAGGAAUACCUUGUAUUGCAUAGGAAACAUGCUGGGUGUCUUCGCUGGGCAUUAUAGGCAGCCCUUGACUUAUAACAGUUCAUUUAGUGACCAAACUUAACAACGGCGCUGGAAAAAAAGGGACGUAUGCUUGUUUUUCACACACAACAGUUGCCGCAUCCCUAUCUAAAUUUGGAUGCUUGGAAUCUGAUUCAUAUUUGUGACCAUUGAGCAUCUCUGGUUUUUUGUUUUUUUUAAACCCCCCUUUGCUACCUUUUCAUGAACAAAAUCAGUGGGGAAGUUAACAACACUGGCAAGAAAGAUCGUAUGAUGGGGCAAAGCUCCGUGAGCCACUGUCUUCCUUAGCGACAGAAUUUUGGCCUCAGUCAUCGUAAGUUGAGGACAACAUAUAUAAAAGCUGUCUCCCUCUCGUUUGUGGUUGCAACACAGCUUUGAUGUUCUGGAAAAAAAAAAUUUCCUAAGAGAAGAUAUUUAACAUCACAAUUCAGACAUUUGUUUAAGGAGAUGCUCAGACUAGGAAAAUGACUGGUGUGUUGUUACGAAGUCUGUUUUUCUGGGACUCUGAGAAAAACAUCAGGUCUCCAAAUACUGUUGAGUUACAAAUCCCCAAAAAUCCAGCCAGUGAGGUUUAAGGUACCAGUGACAGUAAGAAGCCCACAACUUUUCCACUAGACCUGAGAUGUGAUUUCAAAAAUCAGGUAACCUUAGACAUUUACCUGUUGGACAUGUGAAAGAUUUAUCUGUUAAUGGUAAAAUUUAUUGUUUCUUUUUUAAGCGUAUGCUUUUCCUUACUGUACGAGGUUGUUGAAAUAAAGGUAGCUGAGUUUA